AUGGGUUGUAAAAAUGCUCGCUCUAUCCUUACUUCUAAAAUGGCUCGAAGAGAGGGCGGAAAAUUCUGCGCCAAGUCUCCAAUUAUUACUAUUGAUACAGAAAAGGAAGCUGGAGAAAAGGAACUUUACGACUGGGAGCUCUUGGAUUUAGAUACGGAUAUGAUGAUUGCUGCAUACUAUAAUAGCUUUCUGACAUGGAGACCAGACGCAGGAAAAAAUUUGCGUGGACUCUACAGAGGAGACUCAAGAUCAUCAAUUAUGUGCAACAAGAGAAAAAUGAAAGAAGAGCUUGAGGCAAAUAAAGACAAGAAGGUCAGAACGCUUGCUGAUUUUGGUUUCUUGGUUCCUGUUGCACCAGUUUCGCCUGUAACAGAAGCAUUAACUGUAUACAAGCAAUUGAAAGAUGAGAAACUUGAAGAGAUUCGUGAAGCUUAUGAGAAAAUCUCUGAGAUGAUAAAGCCUCCAGUCAGUUCAGAUAGUGAGUUGGGCAAGUUUGCUUUGUUUGAAGUAAGCAAACACAUUGUUUUGAAAGAGUAUUUCCGACGCCUCUUGAACAAUUGCAAGAAAAUCAAGGCAUCUGAAAAAGCAGCAGAGAUUUUUUGGACAACACCUUCCAAGUACUGUGGAGAGGCUGUCUGCGGUUGGGCCAAAGAAUUUCUUCAGUUUGGCAAAAUUUCUGAACAUCAACAGGGCAAGCAUGCCAAGCGGUCUUCAAUUGUAGACGAUGAAGACCUUAAAAAGAAAGCAAUCGUUUGGCUUCGUGCUCAAAAAGCAGAAAGAUGA